AUGGACAUGAUUACCGAACAGGAGAUUAAGGUGGCUCCAAUGAGGAUGGCGUCGUGGACAGCCUCCGGACCAGAUGCGCUACCGGUGGUAAUGUGGCAACAAGUAUGGCCUACUGUGAAACAAUGGGUCGUUGACGUUUUUCAAGCGUCACUCCGGUUCAGCUACUUUCCCAGCGCUUGGAAGAUACAUGAUGCGUGGCGUGAGGGCAAAAUCCUCAGCCUGGUGAGCUUUGAUGUUAAGGGAGCCUAUAAUGCUUCUGCUCCGGCAUCAAUCACUGUAAAUAUGUACCAAUCCGAGGAAUUGGCUAUUGAGCACGCAGGCCUACCGCAAGGCUCACCACUCUCUCCUAUUCUCUUCCUGUUUCUGAACGCAAAUCUAGUGGAUGUCUUCAUCACUAGAAGAAAGGGAGCAAUCGUUUUCGUCGAUGAUUAUACACGAUGGACAGUAGGCUUAUCCGCUGAGGCAAAUACUACUAUAUUCCAGGAGAAGGUCAUCCCACGAGCAUUAGAAUGGGCGGCGCAGUCUGGCGCAGCCUUCGAGGCAGAGAAGAUAUCAUUCAUCUAUCUUACCAGGAAUCAGCGGUACCGCCAACUCCCUGCGGUCCCGUUACAUGUGAAUGGAGCGACUGUUACCCCAGCGUCUGAGGUUAAGAUUCCUCGGCGUGAUACUCGACCAGGAUUUACGGUUCAAAUCACACAUCGGAAAGGCUCUCGCCAGCUCUUCAUCCCCACCGUUGCAUCGAAGAUUGGUUAUGCAGCAUCUGUGUGGUGCCCUAUACGACCGAACUCCAUUAUGGCGGCGGGAAUUGGACGGCCGUUCGAAGCCAUCCAGCGUGUUGCAUCUCAGGCGAUCGUAGGCGUGUUUCGAAACGCAGCUAUCGUUAUCGCCGAGGCAGAGUUGUUCACCAGUGUCAGCGUCCGUAACAGUCUGGUUGGAACAGGGCUGGUGGCUCGCGUUAACCAAGCUGACAUCGUCUCGUCAAACAGGACGGUUGGCAACGACGCGCUUAAUGCUCACUUUACACAACUGGGGGUGAUAUUAGAGGCUAUAUCGUUUGUAGCGACGAUGCUCCCUCGUAUCCGGAUGUCACCAUGGAAAAUACAUGUUAAAAUCGUGGUUAAUAACCCUGCUGUUCUGCUUUCACUUGCACAGCCGCAUCUUCAAGGCGGACAAGCCCUCGUCACUAGGAUUACGGAAGCAAUUAGCCAGCUGCUAGAGACAGGGGUUAGGGUUAGCCUGAAGCCUCCAAUUGCUGAAGAUCAUGAGAGCACUACACGAGCCCAUACCCUCGCACGCGCGGCAACAGAGGCACACAAUGAAGUGAACCCCCGCCCUGGGCGCAAGUCCAGCUUCGGGCAUCAGCGUUACGAUGGGCUCGGGCGAAUGCUAAACAUUACCGGAGGGAUAACUUCCAGCGUUCGGCCACUGGCCAGUUACACGCUAGCUGGAUUCUGCUCUCCCAGGACCCCAUACGAAGAUACUGUAUGA